AUGACUAAGCCACAACCCGCCGCUUUUCAACUGCCACUUCGGCGUCGAUUGCUAUCUCUCUCCAUUCACUUACGACCUCUACGAUUGAGAUUCGCCAAGAUGUCGAAUGAGAAUUUCUACCUCCGAUACUACUCAGGUCACUCUGGGCGGUUUGGACAUGAGUUCCUAGAGUUUGAUCUCCGUACCAUUUCCGAAGGUAGCAGCGCCGCCGUACGAUAUGCGAACAACUCGAACUACCGCAAUGAUUCCCUCAUCCGCAAAGAAAGUGAGCAAGAGCAUACAUACCGAAAGGAGAAACGAGCACAAGCUGAUAGAGUGAUAGUGUGCGUGAGCGAUGCCAUGGUUGAAGAAGUGAAGCGUAUUAUCAAGGAUAGCGAGAUCCUCAAGGAGGAUGACUCUAAGUGGCCCCAGAAGAACAAGGACGGACGUCAAGAGCUGGAGAUCCGGAUUGGAAAUGAGCACAUCUCUUUUGAGACCGCCAAGAUCGGCUCGCUAGUUGAUGUGACAGAGUCUGACGACCCCGAAGGACUUCGAGUCUUUUACUAUCUUGUGCAGGACCUGAAGGCCCUUGUAUUCUCGCUGAUCUCCCUUCACUUUAAGGUAUUAUCAAUCUUGUCCCCAUGCUUUGGAACAUCGUUUGACCAUUCCCUGCUUUACAGAUCAAGCCCAUCUAAGUCUUGA